GCUCAUGCCUUGCUGCACAAAAACCCCCACAACUCAUGCCAUGAAGGAAGAGAAUUUUCUUCGGCGCAGGUUCUCACUCUGCCCUGCCUCAUCUACUCCUCAAAAGAUUGACCCUCGCAAGCUGACCCGAAACCUGUUUUUUGGGGGCGAUAAUGAGAUCUACCCACUCAGCCCAGGGAAAGACAUGGAAGGAAACACGAUGUCCAUGUUGAAGGAUGAGAUUCCUCAGACACCGAACUCUAUUAAUAAGACUGAGUACAAUCUCUGCAAUGGGUCUGAUAAAGAGUGUGUAUCGCCUACUGGAAAAAACAACAAGAAAGAGACUUUGAAGGUACAAAAGAAAAAUUAUAGGCAGGAGAAGAAAAGAGCCACCAAGCAACUCUUCAGUGCUUUGAAAGAUCCCAGUGUGGUCAUUAUGGCAGAUUGGCUGAAGAUUCGGGGAACUUUGAAAAGCUGGACGAAGUUGUGGUGUGUCCUGAAACCUGGAGUGCUGCUGAUCUAUAAAACGCCCAAGGUUGGGCAGUGGGUGGGGACCAUCUUGCUUCAUUCCUGUGAGCUGAUUGAGAGGCCCUCCAAAAAAGAUGGCUUCUGUUUCAAGCUUUUUCACCCUCUGGACCAGUCAAUUUGGGCUGUGAAGGGUCCAAAGGGAGAGAAUGUAGGUUCCAUCACACAGCCUCUUCCAAGCAGUCAUUUGAUCUUCAGGGCAGCUUCUGAAUCAGAUGGGCGAUGCUGGUUGGAUGCUCUGGAACUGGCCUUGCGUUGCUCCAGCCUGUUCAGGCUUAGUGCCUCAAAGCAGGGAAAAGAUGGUGACCUGAACUGCUCAACUGAUUCUUCACCUGCGGGGCUGUACAACCUACUGCACACAGCUACGAUAUCAGACCAGGAACUUUUCCAUCUUAAUGAAUCCGCUUUGGAAAACCAUCACCUGGAGAACGAUGCUUUUUCUGACAAAUCUGAAAGAGACAACAUAGAAGAAUCUGAGAACGAAAUGCAUGAAAACAGCCGGAAGACGAACGAGAGUGAGAGUGAUCAGUCUGAAGUCAAUGGGGAGUUGUCCCAGGAAAAGAAAGGGACAACUUAUUUGGAACAGAACUAUGAAGAGUUUGGCGAGACUGGUGAAACUUCUCAAACAGAAACGGUGUCGGAUGAAAACAAGAGUCUGAUGUGGAUUCUUCUGAAGCAGCUGCGGCCCGGCAUGGACCUGUCGCGUGUGGUUCUGCCGACUUUCAUCUUGGAGCCGCGCUCCUUCCUCAACAAGCUUUCCGAUUAUUACUACCACGCUGACCUACUUUCCCAAGCUGCUCUCGAAGAAGAUCCGUAUUGUCGAAUCAAGCAAGUCUUGAGAUGGUACCUGUCAGGCUUUUAUAAGAAGCCAAAGGGAAUUAAAAAGCCAUACAAUCCCAUUUUGGGAGAGACCUUUCGUUGCUGUUGGUUUCACCCACAAACGAAUAGUCACACAUUUUACAUAGCAGAACAGGUUUCUCAUCACCCUCCUGUAUCAGCCUUUCAUGUCAGUAACCGGAAGGAUGGGUUCUGUAUUACUGGCAGCAUUCUAGCCAAAUCCAAGUUUUAUGGUAAUUCACUCUCAGCGCUAUUGGAUGGGCAAGCUAAGCUUACUUUUCUAAGCAGUGGAGAGGAGUAUGUUAUUACUAUGCCAUAUGCCCACUGCAAAGGAAUUCUGUAUGGUACCAUGACCAUGGAGCUUGGAGGGAAGGUUACCAUUGAUUGUGAGAAAAGCAGUCACCGGGCAGAACUGGAAUUUAAAUUAAAGCCCUUCUUCGGUGGCAGCGCAAACAUUAAUCAAAUCUCGGGGAAGAUUAAACUGGGAGAAGAAGUACUGGCAAACCUUGAUGGACACUGGGAUGGAGAAGUAUGUAUAAACGAGCUGAAAAAUGGCUGCACAGAGACGUUCUGGAACCCAACCAGUGAAGUCCGAAAGCAGAGAUUGAAGCGUCACAUUGUGCUGUUUGAAGAACAAACUGAAUUUGAAUCAGAGAGACUUUGGCAGCAUGUAACAAGCGCAAUCAGCAAAGGAGACCAGCACAAGGCAACUCAAGAGAAGUUUGUGUUGGAAGAAGAGCAGAGGAAUGCAGCAUGGGAACGGAAGGAGAAUGGAACCGACUGGAAACCCCUGCUCUUCUGGCAGGACCCUGCCACAAAUGAAUGGCACUACAAAUAUGAGGAUUUAAGGCCCUGGGACCCUUUGAAUGAUAUUGCCCAGUAUGAGAAAGAUGGAAUACUUCAAACCAUGCAGAGGCACUUAUCCAAUCGAAUGUCAACUCACAAAAACAUGUGCAUCAGCAACCAAGUUGCAAGAUACAAGAGGUCUGCAAAUGAUUGUAGGCGGCGUAAAGCCAGCGAUCAACCGUCCAACAACAGCCAGAACACAGAAAGCAGCUGCUCAACACCAGAAUCUGUGCAGGGACAGUCCGAUGAUGAUGGUUUUGAAAGUACUCAGUGUGGAAAAGAAAGCAACCAUCUGAAAGAAAUCCACACUGCAGUCUUAUCCCUCCAGAGAGCCCAACAAGACAUACACAGAAACCUCGCCGCUCUGAACAAAAAGUCUCUCUACAGGAGGGCUUCAUCUGAAAACCUCUUCCUGGACUCUCGCUGUUGGUUUCUUCUUUGCAUCUUUCUAACGUGUCAGCUCUUCAUGAAUUACGUGUUCAAAUAAAGGCACUGAGCCUGGCGGCAAUAAAUGCGACCAGCUGCUGGAACGGGGAGGCUGAAAUGCAAGGAGCCCGCUUGUGGCAGCCAGCACUUUAAUACCUACACAGCACGGGGGGCAGAAGGAAGGAAGAAACAAGGUUAACCAGGGAACCUACAAGUUUUGUUCGUCAGAUUAUGUCAUUGCCUUUUUUACAUGUACAUCUACAAGGACCUCUUUACCUGUUUGGGCCUUAAUGCUAAAGCCAAAUGUAGCUUUAAUUGUGCAAUGUUGUUUUUCUAUGUCUCGUCCUUUUUUUCUGAUGCAAUUUAAAACAUACCAACCAGUAUUGGUGCCCCUUGUAACACUAUACCACAUCUACUUGGUUUUGUACAAUGGUUCCCAGUGGCUUGUUCUAUGGCUCUUCUGUGGGUGGG